AAGCGUGAGCCACCAACACCUGGCUUGGCGUACUUCCUUUAAGUAAACUUUUCGCUAAGGGAUGUGCCUGUCCCCCAGGGUGUUGGGAGCAGCGCCUGGUCCUCCCCGCGGUCCCAUGGGAACCAUGGCUACGGACUGGCUGGGCAGCAUCGUGUCCAUCAACUGCGGGGACAGCUUGGGCGUCUACCAGGGCAGAGUGUCGGCCGUGGAUCAGGCCAGCCAGACCAUUUCCCUCACCAGGCCUUUCCACAACGGGGUGAAGUGCCUGGUGCCAGAGGUCACCUUCAGGGCGGGGGACAUCACGGAACUGAAAAUCCUGGAGAUCCCGGGGCCGGGGGACGGCCAGCCGUUGGGGGACCCUCCCCCGGCCGAGCCGGGCCCCGCCGGCCCCCACGGCCCCGGCAAGGCGGCCAAGAAGGCGGCCGCCUGCAGCAGCGCCCCGCAGAGCAUCCCGCGCAGGACGGACGCCCGCGGCCAGGACGUGGCCGUCUCCCCGCAGCAGCAGUGCUCGCGGAGCUACGUGGACCGGCACGCCGAGCCGCUGAGCCAGGCCAAGGGCUUCCGCCGGCGGCACAACUCGUGGUCGUCCAGCAGCCGGCACCCGGGCCAGGCCACCCCGAAGAAGAGCGGGCUGAGGAACGGGCAGGCGAAGAGCAAGGACGAGGAGUGCUUCGGCGAGGACGCGGGCGCCAUCCCCGACACCGACUUCGACUUCGAGGGCAACCUGGCGCUCUUCGACAAGGCGGCCGUGUUCGAGGAGAUCGACACGUACGAGCGGCGGGGCGCGCGGGCCCGGGGCGUCCCCAGCGAGCGGCCCGCCCGCUACCGGCACGACGAGAACAUCCUGGAGGCCGAGCCCAUCGUGUACCGCCGCAUCAGCGUGCCGCACACCGGCAGCAAGGAGUUCUGCACCGACUCGGGGCUGGUGGUGCCCAGCGUGUCGUACGAGCUGCACAAGAAGCUGCUGUCGGUGGCGGAGAAGCACGGGCUGACGCUGGAGCGGCGGCUGGAGAUGACGGGCGUGUGCGCCAGCCAGAUGGCGCUCACCCUCCUGGGGGGCCCCAACAGGCUGACGCCUAAGAACGUGCACCAGCGGCCGGCGGUGGCGGUCCUGUGCGGGCCCCACGUGAAGGGCGCGCAGGGCAUCAGCUGCGGGCGGCACCUCGCCAACCACGACGUGCAGGUCGUCCUCUUCCUGCCCAACUUCGUCAAGAUGCUGGAGCCCAUCACCAACGAGCUGUCCCUCUUCAGCAAGACCCAGGGCCAGCAGGUGUCCAGCCUCAAGGAUCUGCCCACCAGCCCCGUGGACCUGGUCAUCAACUGCCUGGACUGCCCCGAGAACGCCUUCCUGCGGGACCAGCCCUGGUACAAGGCGGCCGUGGCCUGGGCCAACCAGAACCGCGCGCCGGUGCUGAGCAUCGACCCGCCGGCGCGCGAGCUGGAGCCGGGCAUCGACGCCAAGUGGUCGCUGGCGCUGGGGCUGCCGCUGCCCCUGGGCGAGCACGCCGGCCGCGUCUACCUGUGCGACAUCGGCAUCCCGCAGCAGGUCUUCCAGGAGGCCGGCAUCAGCUACCACUCGCCCUUCGGCUGCAAGUUCGUCAUCCCCCUGCACUCGGCCUAGGCCCCGCCCCGGCGUAGGCCUCGCCCCCGGCCCCGCCCCCCACGCGGGGCUUCGUUUACACACCAGGCAGCUCUCAGACUGUGUUUCAGGUUUACAGCCCCUGGCGCCCCUGCCAAGCUCGCUGGUGCGCACCCUCGGGGCCUCAGCUGUGGCACUGCACCCCCCACCCCCUUCUAGAACCAUGGACGCCCAACUGGCCCACCAGAGGGCGCUCGCUCCCCGCCACCGGCUAGACUGGGCCCGGGCCUGAGCCCCUCGCCCGCGAGGGCAGUGGGCAGCUUCUGCUGGCUGGGCCUCCACGUGGGGCGCAGCGUUCAUGGCAGGACUGGGGGAACUUGAGGGGCCUGGUGCUUCUGCCCACGGACGCCCCUCUCCUUAGGACGUGAACUCCGGCUGGUGGGGUGAGGGUCCGGGCGGCCAAGCCUGGCCGAGGAGCGCGCUCCCUGCCUUACUCAGGACUCGGGCGUGGGCACUGGGCAGCCGGGCGCCGCCCGCCUUCCCUCCGGGAACUGGCUGAGGGCUGGGCUGGCCGCACCCUCCUCUGCGCCUGUCGGCCUCUGUGGUCUUGGCCUCUCGGGGGCCACCAGCCGGGACUGGAACCCCCGCCCCCGCCAGCCCCCGACGGCGGGGAUCUGUGCCUGCACUGACCCAAGGCCCAGCUCUGGCGGCCGAGGCCUGCCCCGUGCAGCUCGCUCGGGGAGACAGAACUAG